UCGCAGAGGACGUGGUCGAUAAUACUGACGGACCAAUAUGGCGGCCAAACACGCCCCAAAACAAAUGUAAGAUGUAACUAAAAUGUGUGUUAACCUGUAAUUUGGUGCAUUUUACAUGUGAUAAUGUCCAUAUUAAAUAGAGGGUCCAUGAUACAUAUUCAGUACAGUAACAGGCAACAGACGUAAACGCUAGCUAGCUUAUCGUUAAUUAAGCGCAGCUUCCUAUUGAGAGCUACUGGACACACGUUAACAAGUCGUAUAGUUCACUAUGUGGGGUGAGAUCGAAACUCCCGUUAAAACACAGCCGAGUUUGUAUGAGAGGGAUGACCAGAGCAGAUUACCAGAGGAACCGGUGACACAGUCCCAGUCCCGGAGAUGCCGGUUAGACAGUCCCGCAGACACUGGGCAGCUCCAAGACACUCAGGCUGUGUCCGGUUGUGUAAAUGCCAUGUUAGAGGCCAUAGUGCUGAGCGGAAGCCUAGUGAAGAGCCAGCAGAUAGGAGAAGCUGAACUGACCCCAAAGGAGUGCAGAGAGGAGCUACUACAUCAAUUCAGGAGCAGACCACUGGUGUUCCUGGAGAGGUACCAUGCCUGCCUGAAGCCUCAGCAUCUGUCAGCAUUUACCCACGUCAGCUCAGACCCACGUGCCCAGCACUACAGCAAAGUGAUACAGAGACAAGCUGCAGGAUGCACCAACAGGACCAGGGUCCGAAACCAGCGCUACGCUGCCCUCAGGGCCCUGGAGAAGGAGGGUCAGUAUUUCAGUGAGGAACAGAUGCGGAUGAGGGAGCCGCUGCUGUAUGAACAGUAUAUUGGCCAGUACCUGACUGAUGAGGAGGUGCUAGAGCGCUCCCAGGAGGCCAUGUUGGACGGUGCACAGGGGGGACCAGGAGCACCCGGGGGAAGCACAGGAGGGCUCGCCCACCUCCUCCUCAACUCCUACCAGGAGCGUCUCAUCCAGAAUCGCCUGCAGGAGGAGCAGGAGAGAGAGGAUGGUGCACAGGAAGAGGAGGAGGAUGAGGAAGAUGAAGAUAACGGAGUCCAGGAGAAGGCGUGGGAGCCGACCUCUGAGGAGAAGGCUCUGCUCAGGGAGGAGUUCAUCAGUCAGAUGCACCAACGCUUCCUUGAUGGCAAAGACAAAGAUUUCAACUACAGUGAGGUGGAUGAGAACCCCGACUACGACAACUUGGACAUAGUCAGUAGAGAUGCAGAGGAAAAAUAUUUUGAUGAAGACGAUGAGGAAGAAGAAGAGGAAGAAAACAUGACAGAAUAGUAGCUGUACUAACAGUAACAACUGUUUUACAGUCUCUGAUCUGAGUGAACUGUGAAUACAAAUGUACAAAAUAAGGUUGUGUUUUCUUUUUUAUGUUACACCUGAAUGCUUAACAGCUGGUAAUAAACAUUGUUUUGCAAUUUG